AACAAUUCUCAUAAGUUCUUCUGUACAUACAUAUAGAGUAUUAGAUACAGCUGUAUUUAAUUUCUUUAAAUAAUAAAUCCCUGAUCUAAAUAUCCCUAUAAUUAAGUUGUGUUACAUUCUGCUAUGAUGAACAUUAUACAUAUGUACCUGUGUAUAAACUGCCAACUACUGCAGAAGUAAAAAAUUGCUUCUCCUUGCCUUAACAAAAAUUGAAGUAGUGAUUGCAAAUAGUUAAAAAUAAUUCUCGUUUAGAAUAAUGUCAUUUAAAAGUAAAUAUAUACGUAAAGCUAUAUCCACCUACAAGCACUUCCGGCUGAUACGGUGAUAUGUAUGUUAUCUUUAUAUAUUCUUACCUUUCACGUAAUACGUAAUCUUGGUAACUCGAAUAUAAUUUAUUGGAAUUAUCAUGGCUCAGUGUAAGUUAACCCCUCGGGAAUUUAUAAGCAAUGCUUUUUCUCCGCAAAUCGCUGCAGUUUGUUCAACCGCGGCUGAUGCCACUUGUCAAAAAAAUAAUUUAUCAUUUGUUGAACUGCUGCAACCAUUCUGCAAAUUAAACACAGAAGGUCAUUUUAAGGAUCCACAAGGAAAUACUGUAACAGUUAGGAAUCUUCGACUUUUUAUACAAGAUGUGAAUGCUCACCCACCAGAGUCAAACAUUGCUAAAAGAAUGUUGAACGAAGCAGUUAGUUCAGUGAUAUGUGAACAUACGAUUUUAAUUCAAAUCGGAACUGCAGAGCUUGACAUACCAGUCUCGGUUCCAUGGUUUGAAGCCUGGAGAGAAAUGUUUCUGAGUGUUCAGUUUCCAUCGGAUCAUGAAUUUACAAAGCAUUUUCUUGCUUGCAUGAUUGUUGUUUCGACCGCAGAAGAUAAUCCCUUGGAGAAGAUACAAAGUAUAGGUGCACAAUUACAUCAAAGUAUACCUGGGAAAUUGCCAAAAUGGUUUAAUAACAAUACUCUUAGAUAUUACAUUUUAGUACAUGAUGCUGUACAGGAUGAUAGAAAUAAGGCAGAGAUAGUUUUUACAGAAAUGAAAAAUAUCUAUGGUGCUAACAAUUGUUUCUUAUUACAAAUGAAUUCAAGACCACCAGGUCAAACUGAUGACAAUACUCAUUUGCCAGAUCCUUGGAGUCAAUUUCUAGUAAAACAUUCAGAUAUAUCUGGUGGUAGUGAGCAAAGUAGUUCUCCUCGUACACCUGCAGAUACCAGUGGUGUUUCUUCAAUGCCGAAUGAAGUUACUACAGAUACAGAGAAGACGAGUCAGGCUGGUACGCCAGUAGCUUCACAUACUUCUGUACUGUUUUCUCCAGAUAUAAAUAAUACCGUUAAUUUUUCUUCUGAAGUAUCCGAGUCUGCAAAUAUGCAUUUAGAAGUUGGCCAGGAAGCUGUUUCUGUAACAAUUCAUCCUUUAAGUCCAACUAUUGAAAAGACACAAAAUUUAAGUUCUGCUGUACAUACAAAAGAACAAGCUGUUAAUGAUACACCAAUAAAUGCAAAUGUUUGGGCAGAUUCUGUUAAUUAUGUUAUGACAGAACAUGGUGCUAGAUUAUCUACACAAGAUCUUGAAAGGCUAAGAACAUUGAUAACAGAAUUCUGUUUGAAAAGUUUAUUACCAUAUGUAGAAAAGCAAAUUAGUCUAUUAAAUGAUGUAACAUCGAAUAAAAAAGGUGUCAGUAGAUCACUGCUUAGUGCAACAAGACGAUGGUUUGGAACAAAUAAGCCUGGUAUACCAGGACCCACUACAUCAAAUGCUGUAAUUUAUACGACAGAAUCUCCAGAAUUACAGUUGCGUCGCUUAGGUGACUUGUGUUUCAUGUUCGGUCACUAUUCACUUGCUUACCAAACAUAUCAUAGCGCAAAAAGAGAUUUUGCAGCAGAUCAAGCUUGGCUUUAUUAUGCAGGUGCACUAGAAAUGGCUGCUUUAAGUGCGUUCAUGCAAGGUGAAACUAAUAGAAAGACUAUCGAAUAUAUGGAUGAUGCAAUAUUGACUUACUUAAACAGUUGUAAACAACCUCAGUUUGCAACAAGAGCAACGCUUCUCAGUGCUGAAUGUUUAAAAGGCAGAAAUCUAUAUGGAGAGGCUGCGAAACAGCUGAUUCGUAUGACUAGCGAAGAAUCAGAUUUACGUUCAGCACUGUUAUUAGAACAAGCAGCUUAUUGUUUUAUUAGACCAAAAAUGAUGCGCAAAUAUGCCUUUCAUGCCGUUCUUGCUGGUCACAGAUUCUCGAAAGCAGGUCAAAGAAAACAUUCGUUACGAUGUUACCAACAAGCGUAUCAGGUGUACGAUGGAAGAGGAUGGUCACUUGCUGAAGAUCAUAUAUAUUUCACUAUUGGUAGACAAGCAGCAUCAUUGAAACAAGUUGGUGAGGCUGUUAAAGCAUUUGAGAAAUUACUUAAUGCCUAUAGCAAACAAGCAGCACCACAACAAGCUACGUUUUUACGCGAAUUUUUACAUAUCCAUAACUUACUGUUACAGGAAGGUUUAUCUAAUCGUUACGAGCUUCCUAUCUUGCCUUUACCGUUAAUAGAUAGUAAUAAUAUCAAAGUAUUAUAUGGUCCUGCAGCUAAGCCCUAUGAAAAUAAUUCUCCAGCAACUCAUGUUUCAUUUGAUACUGAGGAAUGUGAUGAUAUUAGAUGGUCAAGAAUGGAAGAAAUGUUAAUAACAGAAGCUCAGGGAACGCCACCUAUGAUAUUUAAACCAUUAGUUGCAUUAUAUUCUAAAACAAGUAACAACAGUGUGAAAGCGAAUGCAGUUUUGAAUGAGCCAGUACAUUUUUUUAUUGAAUUAUACAAUCCGUUACAUAUACCGUUACCAUUAUCUAAUAUAACAUUAUUAUGGUCUUUCACUUCUGUUGAUGAACAAAUUUCAAAUGAAAUGAAAUCGCCGGAGGAUUUGAAAUCAGCAGAGGCACAAGUAAUAGAAACAAUUGUGGUGCAACCAUCUUGUAAACAACGUAUAAUAUUGUAUCUUAUACCAAAACAAGUAGGAGAAUUAAAAGUGUUAGGCUUAAGCUAUGAUUUAUCCAAUCCAACACAUACAACUGAUUUACCAAUUGUUAAUCCAACGAUAGCUAUUUCUGGAAAAAGGUUGUUUGAAGUUAGGGGACCUAGAUUAAAGAACAUUAAAGAAAAACCUGGUGCAAAUUUGUAUGAUACAGAUUAUAGAUUGGAAAUGAAUGUUAUUGAAAAGUCACCGUGUAUGCAGGUUUUUUUUAGUAAUGUAUCUUCAAAAAUAUUAUGCGGCGAAAUUCAAAAAGUGGAUAUUAGAUUGAAGAACGUAGGAAAUGCACCAUUAACAAAUGUACAUUUAGCGUCAACGGACGCAAAACUGUUAUCAUUAGAAGACGACUACAUAAAUAUACAAGAACAUACAACAAAGAAACAUAACAAAGUUGUAACAAAAAUUUCUCUACCUUCUGAUUCUAAUAUAUUAGACGUAGGAGAAGCUUGCACAAUACCAUUAUGGGUACAAGCUCCACAUGAAAAAGGAACUCAUCGUUUAGAUUUACUUUUUUACUAUGAGAACGUUGAUUCUAAAAGUAUGAUAAAGCAUCGACUUUGUAGACACACGUGGCAUUUUACAGUUUUAGAUUCCAUACAAAUCAGCGCGGUUGCUUCGAGGAGUGUAUUAUUUAAAGAUACUUCACCUACUCUGAACCUGAUAGUGUGCGUUAAGAAUGCAAAUCGAAUUCAUGAUUCCAUUAUGAAUGAAAUUAUACUUUCCCAAAUUUUAUUUCAAAGUGAAACGUGGUCUGUAUUCAGUUCAUCUGUCUUGCCAAGUGAUAUUAAAAUAAAACCUCAAGAAAUGUUCCAUUUAAUGUUAAAAUUAAGGAAAAAGUGCAAGGAUGAGUUAGUGUUUUCUUAUGUGUCUUUAACUCAAGAAAAUGAUAACACAACAUUAGAUUUAAAUUAUCCUUAUAUCAGUUUUAUCCAAAAAAGACAUAUUCCAGCAUUGGAUGUGAAUGAAAAUUCACUUGAAAUACAGCAACAACUUCAACGGUUGUCACAAAAUUCAGAACAAACAUCAUUGUCAGCUGCCAUGACAUUAAAUUCUACUUUGAUUCUUAAAUGGCAAGCAAAUGUAGAAUGUAGAAGAAAUGUAGAAGAUGGUAUCGAUGGUAUCCAAUCAAGACAAGUGAUUGGUCAGCAUCAUCUUGAUCUUGAAUAUUUGAACAAAACUUAUAAACAUCCCAAAGAGGUUCAAGUUGAACCCAGUGAAUAUGAAACACGUUUGAAAAUAUUUGGACCGGAUAAAAAUGUACCCGAUUUGUUCGCUAUGACCAGCAAAGAACAAGUUUUAGAGACCGAAUUCUUGAAAAACGUUAUAUCUUUCCAAUUGAGUCAUGCUAGACAAAUUACACAUAAUUUCAAUCAAAAUCGAUUGUGUUUCGUUCCAGUUAUAAUGUACAUACAAAAUCAUUUGGAGUCACAAAUUGAUGUUAAAGUGAAUACAAUAGGUACUAGCAGUGGAACCCAUCUUCCAAGUAUAAAAUCGCAACUGUAUUCUCCGCAAGCUUCUACAUUUUAUAGAUAUGUGUGUCAUUCGGCCAUUCUUUCUAAUAUAGAACCACUCACUAGCAAUACUGUAAAAUUACAAGCUGUACUUCCAGCGCCUGGAACAUACGAUUUAGCAGCGCGCAUAGAAGUCUCUGUAAGAGUUGUAAAUACUAGAGAAUUCACUUUACAGAAAUGGAAAAUGGAAAGCAUAUGUAUUAUUAAUGAUCAUAGUAAAUAACUAAGAAUAUAAAGGUAUUAUUAUUAGGUAACAUUAAAUAAUGUAAUAAAUUAAUUUCAUUUAUGUAAUUUAAAAUCAUUCCUAAAUGCUAUGUAAAUAUCUAGUAUAGGUAAAAUUAUUACUAUUAUAUCUUUAACUAUAAACUUAA